AUGUUUGACUGUCCCAAGCCGAUUUUUUGUUACCAGAUUCAUCAAUUGUCUUUCAGUCCUCAUACUGAUGCCAAAGGCAUCAUGGACCUCCUCAAAUUUCUCUCUCCUAAGCAUGUGAUACUCGUUCACGGUGAGAAGCCAAAGAUGGCUACUUUGAAAGGAAGAAUUCAAUCUGAACUUGGUAUCCAGUGCUAUUACCCUGCAAAUAACGAAACUGUGUCAAUUCCCUCGACCCAAUUCGUAAAAGCGUUAGCCUCAGACGCAUUCAUCAAAAGCUGUAUGAAUCCAAACUUCAAGUUUGUGAAAAGCAGCUCGAGAGAUGGAAAUGAGUCGGCUUCCAAAGCUAAAAACUUGAUGCUGUGUUUGCAAGUGACUGAUGAAAGGGUAGCGGAGGGGAUCUUCGUUAUGGAGAAAGGGAAAAAAGCAAAGGUUGUACACCAAGACGAGCUUUUGCUCAUGUUGGGAGAAAAGCAGCACAUUGUUCAGCAUGCUUAUUGUUGCCCCAUUCAUGUUAAAAACUCAGAGAGCGCAGAUCACACUUUGGUGAAUAAUGUUCUGUGCAUAACCGAUAGAUGUUUUUGGCAUCGUUUAUUUUUUGCAGUUCUUUGUGAUGAAUUUUCUGAUGGAAAUGUCCGAGAUUUUGGAGAACACCUUCAAGUAGAGUCAUUUCAUUUGUCUAUUUGUUCAAAGGACAGCUGCCCUUACCGGAUAACUGAUAGUGCUCAAAAUAAAUCUGAAUCACUGUUUUGUUGCUGUACUUGGUCAGUGGAAGAUGAGAAGAUUGCUUGGAAGAUCAUUUCAAUCUUGAAAAACUUUGACUUGAAUUCCGUAAAAGGUCUACUUGGGGCAGACUCUUGUAUUAAUCGCGGAACUUCUUGAUUAUCAUCUGAUGAACUAUCCGAACAAAUUUUCGAGCCAAGAGGAAUCCUUUUCUGCUGAGAUUUGUUGCAUUCAUUCAUUAAAUUUACCAGUUGGUAAAAGUCCUAAGCUAAACCGUAUUUAAUGUUAUAUGUAUGUCAAUGUUAGUUGAGUGUUUAAGGCUUUCCGACUUUGCCUUCUGAAAUGUAGGUGUAUUUUCUAAAGCCAAAAAUGGCUUUGAAAAAAAAAUAAUGAUGAUUUGAAUUCUCACCAUUCAACUGAAAAA